CUGAAAGGGCUGCGCAGGGGGCGGGGCCCGGCGCGCGCUCCGCGACUCUGCGCAUGCGCUCGCCAAAAGCUCCAGCGCCAUUUUGUGGAGGAUAUUUACCAUUUUAUGACCGGGGGAGGCGAGAAACGUCACCGGCUCAGGCCUUCUGUGUCAGCGGGGCGGGAGGCGCUCCAUCCGCCGCCCAUGAUCCCCCAUCUCGGCCCCUCGGUGCGAUCCCAAUACGGCCGGGGCUCCGCUGCAGCAGCCAUUUUGGCGAAGACAGGUGCGUGAGGCUUAGUGAAUGGCGGGCUCCGGGAAAAUGGCGGCGGGAGUAACGCUGUGUGCGGGGCCUGGCGGGGUCUGCUCGGGCCGGGGAGCGAUGGCCGGGCUCGCGGUAACCGAGGGCGGGUCAAGGUCGUGCGGAGAGGCGGGGCCGCUGCCGGCUGCGGAAUCCAUGUUCUCCGAUAACAACAUCCACGGGCUCGGUCUGCGGGGGAUACAGCGCCAUCUUGGUGAAUUACCGAGUCCCUGCAACCUGGCUGACAGACAGACAGACAGACAGACAGACAGCACCCUGGCUGACAGACAGACAGACAGCACCCUGGCUGACAGACAGACAGACAGCACCCUGGCUGACAGACGGAGCAGACAGACCAGCACCCUGGCUGACAGACAGACAGACAGACAGCACCCUGGCUGACAGACAGACAGACAGCACCCUGGCUGACAGACAGACAGACAGACAGACAGCACCCUGGCUGGCAGACAGACAGACAGCACCCUGGCUGACAGACAGGCAGACAGACAGACAGCACCCUGGCUGACAGACAGGCAGACAGACAGACAGCACCCUGGCAGACAGACAGGCAGACAGCACCCUGGCUGACAGACAGACAGCACCCUGGCUGACAGACAGACAGACUGCACCCUCACAGACUGGCUGGCAGUCACAGAGACGGCCCCCUCACAGACACUGUCCCCUCGCAGGCAGACACAACAGUAUAACAACUCUAUAACACAGAGACAGCCACACAAAACAUGAACUCUAUAACAGCAACACAAAACAAUAUAACAACUCUAUAACACAGAGACAGCCACACAAAACAAGAACUCUAUAACAGCAACACAAAACAAUAUAACAACUCUAUAACACAGAGCUCACAGACAGCAACACAAAACAAGAAUAACUAUAUUUUAUAACGGCAACACACAGAGAGCUCAGAGACAGCCACUCUAAACAACAACUCUAUAACGACGACACAAAACAAUAUAAUAACUCUGUAUAACACACCCACACAAAACAAUAACUCUAUAACGGCGACACAAAACAAUAUAAUUGUAUAACACAGAGCUCAGAGACAGCAACACAAAACAAAAAAACUCUGUAUAACAGCAACUCUGUAUAACGGCAGCACAGAGCUCAGACAGAAACAAAGAGCUCAGAGACAGCGACACAAAACAAUAACGCUAUAACAGCAACUCUGUAUAACGGCAGCACAGAGCUCAGAGACAGCGACACAAAACAAUAACGCUAUAACAGCGACACAGAGCUCAGACAGCGACACAAAACAAAAUAACUCUGUAUAACAGCAACUCUGUAUAACGGCAGCACAGAGCUCAGACAGAAACAAAGAGCUCAGAGACAGCGACACAAAACAAUAACGCUAUAACAGCAACACAUAGCUCAGCGACACAAAACUAACUCUAUAACAGCAACGCUGUAUAACGACAACACAGCUCAAACAGCGACACAAAACAAUAUAAUUCUUUAUAACAGCGACACAGAUCAAAGACAGCGACAAAACAAGAACUGUAUAACAGCAACACAGAGCUCAGAGACAGCAACACAAAACAAUAACUGUAUUACAGCAACACAGAGCUCAGAGACAGCAACACAAAACAAUAACUGUAUUACAGCCACACAGAGCUCAGAGACAGCAACACAAAACAAUAACUGUAUUACAGCCACACAGAGCUCAGAGACAGCGACACAAAACAAUAUAAUUCUUUAUAACAGCGACACAAAACAAGAACUGUAUAACAGCAACACAGAGCUUAGAGACAGCAAAACAAAAUAACUGUAUUACAGCAACACAGAGCUCAGACAGUGAAUAACUCUAUAACAGCAACUCUGUAUAACAGCGACACAAAACAAUAACGCUGUAUAACUGCAACACUGAGCUCAUCGACUGCAACUCUGUAUAACAGCAACACGGAGCUCAGCGACCUCAACUUUGUAUAAGGGCAACACAGAGCUCCCUGACAGGAGUAUUCACCUCAGAAGCCACAAUACAUUAUAGCAAAACAGGAGAACUCAGAGCUUCCUGACCAGGAGUAUUCCCUUCAGAGUGAACGAAACAGCGCUCCCUGACAUUAUAACUAAACCCGGAAAACACAGCGCUCCCUAAAGGGGAUAUUCACCUCAGUGUCCGCAACCCAUACUAUAACUGGAGAUGGGUAGAAAACAAUCUCCAAGCCAGCCAUGUGUGGGCUUUUUAAGAUUUAUUGUUAAAGGACUACUAUAGUCCCUCAGACCACUUCAGCUCAAUGGAGUGGUCUGGGUGCCAGGUCCCACAGGUUUUAACCCUUCAGAUUUAAACAUAGCAGUUUCAGAGAAUCCAGCCUCUCUUGGCUGUCUUCCUGACAGCCGCUAGAGGCGCUUCUGCGAUGCUGAAUGCAGAAAUCACAUUCAGCCAUACAGAACGUCCAUAGGAAAGCAUUGAGAUGCUUUCCUUUGUGUAUUUCUAAUGUGCGCGCGGCUCUGGCCGCGCAUGCGCAUUCCGCUUCAUUAAAGUAAGUGGAGGGGUUUUAACCUCUUCAGCCCAGCGGGAAGGGGGCCCCUUUCUAAUGACACUAAAGUAAGCUUCCUUGCCAAUGUUAUGGGCGGAAGAAAAUAAAGUAGCAAGUAAUAAACUAGGAAUUAAGAUGAUUUGACAAGUAAAAUGCAGAUGUGUAGGUGAAAAUAUUAAUCUUCACCUCCUUAUCUAAUUGCACAUAAAGUUUGUAUUCUUCUUAAUAGCUUUUCACCUUUCCUGGACUGUAAACUCUAUAUAUACAGGGUUAUUCACUCGUGUCAGAAUUCAAGGUGAAUUUCAAAUUUUAAGGUUAAAAAAAAACAUAGCCAGAAAAAAAUCAGCACUCCCAGGAAUUUUGCAAAAAAUCCAAACACUUAUCUUUAAUCCAGUAGUCAACGUUUCAGUUCCACUGGGGAAUUGAAACGUUGACUACUGGAAUAAAAAUAAGUGUUUGGAUUUUUUCCAAAAUUCCUGGGAGUGCUGAUUUUUUUCUGGCUCUAUCUAUUUAGUGCAAUCAAGCACCGGGUUUAUUUAAAUGUACAUGGGAGUGCAAGGUUUUUUUUUUUAUUUUUUUAUAUUUUUUAUAUAUAUAUAUAUAUAUAUAUAUAUAUAUAUAUAUAUAUAUAUAUAUUAUAAAUAAUGUUCUCCCCCAUAUUCUAGUAGCGUAUAGGUUGUAGUAGUGCGUCAGCAUUUGGGGCUGGCUAUUUGUGAACUUCAUGACACAUGCGUCUAGUUAUUUGGAUUACUACAAUGUGUUUUUCUUACCCUCUAGGUUUAUCUAAAGAAAACCAUGACUGUGUGUGCAGCAUCUGGUUGCAAGAACCGUUUGUCCAAAGGAUGCGGGAAACAUUUUUUCAGGUAGUUAUUAUUCUUGGUCUGUUAUCAAGGACAUAGCAUGAAGAAUGGUGUUGAUAAAUGCCUUUAUUGUGUAAACGUGGCUUAUAAAAUUAUGUUUACGAAUGCAUUUAUGAAGGACUUUAUUUCCAAUUUGUUACUUAUGUUACAAGUGACCUGAUCGUAAACUUUCAUUUUUAGGCCAGUUUGCUUUUCUGUAAGCAGCUAAGUUACAUCAAAAUCCACAGAUACAUUUAGGGCAUAAUACAUUGUGUGGUUAAAGCAGGGUUUGACAAUUGGCGACAUGGGAUUUGUCAAACCCUGCUUUAACCACACAAUGUAUUAUACCCUAAAUGUAUCCGUGGAUUUUGAUGUAACUUAGCUGCUUAUAGAAAAGCCCCCAAGGCAGGUGUCAGUGUGGAAUAGAGCCAGGUGACGGGGAGCUGUAAUUUUCUUGCUCUUUCACGUCCUCUUGUGAUGCUGGAAGCCAGAAUAUGACGUCACUCCAGCAUCGCUAAACUGUGUGAGGGAGCAGAGCAGGAAGAUUACAGCAGCCACACUGGAUCCCAGGGAAAGGAUAAACUCCAGCUCUCCCAAAGAUAGGGAGGCUGGAUGUCAUAAAUUGAAAUAAAACAAAUAAUAUUAAUUUGUGAGUAAAUCUGUCAGUGUGUGUCUAUGUGAAUGGUCCCCCUCCAAUCACAUGGGAAAGGUUCGUAUUCCCCUUUUUUCCUACACAGCUUGCCCAAUCUGAGAUUAAUAAUUUUAAUCAUCUUGGUCAAUCCAAUGCUUUCCUGUAGGAAAGCAUUGGGAGGCUAUUGCGCAUGCACAGCAAAUUGCUGUGCCAAUCAGCAUAUUCUCUUAGAGAUUAAUUGACUCUAACACUGCUUUAGUGACAGUCACUCAGACUUAAAGGACCACAAUUGGCACCCAGACCACUACAGCUCAAUGAAGUGGUCUGGGUGCCAGAUCCCCCCCUAGUUUUAAAACAUAGCAGUUUCAGGGAAACUGCUAUGUUUAAAUUGCAGGGUUAAUCCAGCCUCUAGUGGCAGUCUCCCUGACAGGGUGCUUCCGCGAUUUACACUGAGUAUUUUGCACUUAUUUGAUGCUGGAUGUCCUCACGGAUGUCCAGCGUCAAAUAAGAUCCCAAUGGGAAAGCACUGAGUAAUGCUUUCCUAUGGGCGAGUUUGAAUGUGCAUUCGGCUCCACUCAGGACCUAACGUCGGCCAAGGGAGCCCGACUCUGGAUUAAGGAAAGUGGCUGAAUGGGUUUUAACCCCUUCAGCGCCGAUGGGGGGCAUCCCAAGACCCUAUCGUGUAUUGUUUUCCUGGCACUAUAGGAUCCCUUUAAUUUUGUCGACAAACCAUUUUAAAUUGCAUUUUAGUCAAGACUAAAACUAAAUUGAAAUUUAGUUUGUCAUAGCCUGCCAAAAUUAACACUGCACAAAGGGGCUGUGGAACGGACAAGAGACAGACCAGGGCUUGGGAGAGAGACAAGUAGAGAGGCUAGGAGGACAUAGAGGCAGAGGGGCUGGGGAGGGGGCAAAAGAGACAGGUUUUUUUUUUUUUGUUUGUUUAAACCCAUUAGACUAAAAUCUUCUGGAGAUUUAAUUGACUGAAACUAAAACAAUUCAAAUUACUAAAAUAUGACUAAACUAAAAUGGGUUGUUGUGUUUUUGUUUUUUUUUUUGUCAAAAGACUGACUAAAACUAAAUUGAAAUUUGCCACCAAAAUGAACACUGCACCAGAGGUGUUACUAGCUGUCGUGAUUCUGGUGACUAUAUAGUGUCCCUUUAAGAAUUGUAUUUUUGUCUUUGAAAAUAAAGCUUAAAUAAACCUUGGCUCUGCAGAUGCUUUAAUUUCAUUGCCAUACAUUUUUAGUCACAGAAUGUUCUGUGAGCCACCUUCCUAAUUUUUCUCUUUUACUCAUACAUUGUGAUUAUCAAAGCUAAAGUAACACUUUCUAAUGAGAAAAAAAACUUCUCUCACAGUUGAACAUUUUGCUACAGCCUGAUCCCCCUCUGAAUUAAUCCGUUCUGAUUACUUUUGUCUACUUGAGGAACACUCUGGACACAUGGCGUGUGUGUUAACUGCAAUAUGCCAAUUGGUAAAGCACAAUUCAAUUGCACACAACAUCUGCUGUUGACAUACUUUGCUGGCACAAGACCUCAAAUAGAUUAUUAAGCCUGUUUGGGUUAGAAGCUCCUAGUGGCUGUCUGAUAACCACAAGUAGGCAUCGGCCGGAAUUGAGAGUCCUUGUCACAGUUGUACUUUAAUGCAUGUAUGAGAGCACAACAAUGAGAUCUGUGAGGGACACUGGGGACGCUAAUAUAAUUUCUCAUGUGAAAGGUGCUUAUUUUCCAUAUACACCUCUAGUAACAGCUGUGGAAACUGACAGAUAUUGGGCAGGUUACCUCGAUCCUUUGGUCAACCUCUGACCAUGAGCCAAUAUAAUCUUAUGACAUUGUUUGAUUGCAUUUGACGUUUCAACACUGUUAAUAUGAAUAUUUUAUAAAAAUUGUAUGUGAAAUAAUCAGAAGUAACAGAACAGUUUUAAAGUUUUAUAAUACAGACCAAACUGAAACGAGUUGUAAAAUUGAAAUAUAUGCUCCCAGACUUCCCAGCCGUGCAGCUACAUAUGGGAUAAACCCACACCAUCCAUGGAAGGUAUGAAUCAUUCUGCUUAUCAAAGUUAUUUCCGUGGCUUGAGCAGAGUUUUACUGCUAAAGCUGCAAAGCCUGUGAAUUUACAGAAAAUACAGUAACUUCAGAUUUGAGUAUUUUUUUUUUUAACCGUAUAGGUUUUAAUGCUUAAAGGGACACUAUAGUCACCAGAACAACUACAGAUCAUUUCCUGCAGGCUUUUUACUGUAAACACGGUCUUUUCAGAGAAAAUGCAGUGUUUACAUUACAGCCUAGUGAUAACUCCACUGGCCACUCCUCAGAUGGUUGCUAGAGCUGCUUCCUAUGCCAGUCUUGCCUAGUGUGCAUCACAACAUUCAGUAUCUCCUCCCUCUGCAUCCAGACACUGAACUUUCCUUGUAGAGAUUAAUUGAUUCAAUUCAUCUCUAUGAGGAGAUGCUGAUUGGCCAGGGCUGUGUUUGAAUCAUGCUGACUCUGCCCCUGAUCUGCCUCCUUGACAGUCUCAGCCAAUCCUAUGGGGAAGCACUCUGAUUAGCUCAGAACAUCACUUCUGAUGAUGUCAGCAGACCGUUUCAGGUUUGAAUACAUGUAAGAUUUUACUAUAUUUAGGGUGGCAAGAUAGGGUCAGGGGGCUAGAUGGUGGCUUUUAACACUAUAGGAUCAAAAAUAUGUUUGUGUUCCUGGCCCUAUAGUGUUCCUUUAAACUCAACUGCAGCCUGGGGUUUUAGUUUUAAAUGUAAAACUAAAAUAUACACACAUCAAAAAGGAUCCUCAACACUUGGGAGUGUUAACACAUUACUAAGUUUGUAAAUCAUGGCCAUACCAUUACCUUAUAUUGGUAGGUCCAGAUUGUGACAACUCCCUCCCCCAGUACCUCUGGUCACCCUGUUGUGAAGAGGCUAUGUGUGGAUUGUGAAAUGCCGCUAGCCUUGCAAACUAUAGUGCCAACAGAGAACCUAAAACAACUGUUACCUAUUCAUAAAAAUAGAAUCUGUGUGAAAAUAUUAUGCUCUGCUUUUUAGAAAAAAGGCAAAGCCUCAACUGAUUUGAGCUGUCUCAUUUUGCAAUUUGCACAUACAAGUGUGUACACUCACUGGGGGUAGGGGGUGGCAUGAUAGCUUUUCUUACAGUGCUACCACUAAUGAUUGCCCAUGAGGCAAAUCAGAGAAAGCUGUUACAAUGACACAUAAAGAAAGUGCUCUUUUCUAGCAUGGGAAUCUGAUCGUAUUUUGUUUUUAUUUAUUUUUUUGAUGGCAGGAAGGGAAAUUAUUGGUGCUGGUGUCAAUUUCUGUGUCAGAUUAGCACAGUGAUUAUUACCCUUCCUUCCUGCAUUCGUGGACUUUCUCUAUUAGCGAGGGUUUUUUUUUUCAAAAAACUUUCUAGUACUAAUUUCUAUAUAUAUUUUUUUUAUAAAAAAAUUUUUAAUCUUUGGUAGGUUUCCCCUCAAGAAUCCUGAAAAGCUUGCAAAAUGGAUUGCAGCUGUUCGCCGGGAAAAGUGGACUCCUACAAUUUACAGCAGGCUUUGCAGCGAUCAUUUUACAGAACAGGAUUACAUGCUACGCCCUGGAGCAUCAAGCCCUUACCUGCGUACAGAUGCAGUGCCAUCUAUUUUUCCUGGUUUAUCUCCACCUUUGAAAAAAAACAAGAAAAUUAAAACGGAGAGAGCAUUUAACAUUGAUCCAUUGCCUGCAGUCGCUGAACCCAUCAUUCCAGAACCAUCCAUUCCAGAACAAAAACUGGUGGACCAGAAGGUGGCAUCUGCUGACCAUACGUACUCUUCAGUGUCUAAUGAUAAAGAAAACGAUGCCCCUCCUGCAAUUGUAAAUUCUGCAACCGUUAAAAUGAGGAAAAAAAUAAAAAGGUUACAAAAACAAGUACUUAGACAAAGGAAUAAAAUAAGAAGCAUGAAGUUACUAUUAACAGAACUGAAAAGACAUCUUGCUAAUAAUGUGCAGCCCAUAUAUUAUCUGAUCACUUCAGCAGAUGAUGACUAGGUAUGUCUAGAAGCCAGUCAGUCUUGAAGCACUAGUCCAGUAUUGGCAUAGCAUAUUUUUGCUAUAAUUUUACUUGUUUCUGAAAGUCUAAACUUUGCAAGUAACUAUUGUUUACCUCAUGCAGUGUCUCCUCAGACAUGCUGCGCCCUUGUGGUUGCUAAUUGGAGCAGUCCCUGCCCCAAUUAAAUGAUACGUGGUCUGCUUAAACAGCUUUUUGUUGAGUUAUCACCUGCUUGAGACACUAGCAGGCUGUGUGCUAUUGUUGCCCUUUAUUAAACUUGGCAUAAGAUGAUCACUAACUUUGAAAGAUCACCAUGCUGCAGUUUGCCUGUCUAGUUCUCUAGAGUGUACCUGACAGGUCUAACACUGACUUGUGUUAUUUAGACUUGUCAAACGUGUCUAAACAGACUUGAAAGUCUGUAGGCUAACUAGAGCCCUCUAAUGGAGGUCUUAUGGGAAGAAUGCAUUCUUCCUUUCUUAACAAAGCAGAGGUGGUUGGUUUUUUAUUUUUAUUUUUUUUCCCUCUAUGUAAGACAGUCGACUUGUUUGUGUGUUUGUUUUGUUUGUUUUUUGUUGUCACUUUUUUGUUAACUUUUAUUUUUUUUAUUUUUUGUCUGUAAUGGUUUCAGAAACAUCUUUAUAUUUCUUGCAUGGCAUGUACGCCAGUUUGUACCAGCUAUGUGGAAUCCUUGGGCAAUGCUAACUUUAUAUGUAAUUAGUCAUUUUGACUUUCAUUUUUAUAACAUUCUCUUGGACUUUAUAUGUAUUUUUAGUAAAACUGCCAUACAUUCACACAUUUACUGCCAUGGCUAAAAUAUUCAAAAGCUAAUGCUGCAAACCUUCCUUUCUAGGCAGAUAGAGGAACUAACAUUUACACUUCUGCUCUUAUAAUGGGGGUAAAUUUUGAGAUUUGAAUUGGCUGACAUUUUGUAUAUAUCAUUGGAGUGAUGAAGCUUUUUUUUUUAUUUUUUAUUUUUUUCCCUCCCUUGAAAAUUGCAACUGUGUAAACUUCUCGGUCUCUGGAUUCUCAAUGAAUAUUUUCUCUAAUGCUAAUUGUAUUAAAGGUUUAAUACUCAAUUUGUAGGAGUAGUGUGUAUCCAGGGGAUUUAAUAAAAUAAAAUCUUUUCAUUGUAUUCUACAGCCUGCCUCCUUGUAAUGCUAAAGUAUUUUCUGGCAAAUAAAUAUCUUUUGAAAUGUAAUUGUGUCAGAUUGUCGAUCCGGUCUUUGUCUUGUCUCCAUGUUUCUGUUACUUGCUGCAAAACCACUUACUUUGUUUAUAAACUUUAUUAUAUUGGAUACAGCUGUAGUUCCUGGCAAAGUUGAAUUCUUUUGGUUUUAGAUUAAC